CCGCCAACGACGACGACGUCCACCUGCACGACUCCUGGCCUUACACACAUGCUCGCGUAGCCAAUUGAGGAACUUUUCAUAACUUACCACCUCGUCGUAGAACAUCAGCCAUGCUUGAAAGACUGGCCUCCCCGUUCAAGUUCACCGCCGCCUCGGUCGCUGCUGUCGCAGUCGUCAUUUACGCUGCCUUGUUCACCAGUGUUCUCGUAUUCGACGACUUGCCUCGCGUUCCGAAGAACACUUGCGGCCUGGACCUUGAUCGUGCAUAUGAGGCGUUGAGCGUGAUCACUUCGCGUCCCCACCCGUUCAUAUCCCAUGCAAACGACGACGUGCGAGAGUAUAUCCUGGCCCGUCUCAAGCCGCUCGCGGACAGCCACGACUACGUUCAUCUCUCAGAUGAUAGGACGUCGAAUGUCACCUACAUCGCUGCCAAGGACCACGCCGUAUACUUUGAGGGCACGAAUGUCCUGCUUCAGAUCGACGGAACAGACACCCGUCUCACGUCUCGCGACUCCAAGCCUGACGGCGUCCUCUUCUCGUGCCACUACGAUUCUGUCUCGACUGCGCCUGGCGCCACGGAUGACGGUAUGGGUGUCGUGACCGUGCUCGAAAUGGCGGAGUACUUUGCGCAUCCGGAGCGCCGCCCACGCAGGACGGCGAUAUUCUUCUUCAACAACGGCGAAGAAGACCAGCUGAACGGUGCACACGCGUACUUUGAGCAUCCUUGGUCGAACGUGGCGUCAACGUUCAUCAACUUGGAGGGAGCUGCAUCGGGAGGUCGCCCGGUCGUCUUCCGCUCUACUUCGCUGGGAGUCGCCCAGUCCCUCCUCCACUCUGCCGUGCAGCACCCACACGGAAACGUCUUGACGUCCGACGCGUUCUCAGCGGGACUCAUCCGAAGCUCGACCGACUAUGAGAUAUAUGCGCGCGGCGUCGAGGGGGAAGCCGAAGGAUUGCAAGGGUUCGACUUUGCGUUUUACAAGAACCGCGCAUACUACCACACUCGGCGAGACUCAAUACCCGGAAUGGGCCACGGCGAAGGGAGGAAGGCACUCUGGUCUAUGAUGGAGCUUGUGCGCGGAUCCGCGUUGGGCUUGUUGAAUGGCGAUGAUUCGGGCAAGGAUGUCAGGCGCUCGGUAUACUUCGACAUACUCGGACGAAGUCUUGUAUUGUUCUCAAUGGACGCAGUCUACGUCUUCAACAUUGUCUUCCUCAUCAUCGGGCCCAUGAGCGCUGUCGGAUUGUUGGCUUGGGUCAUUCUGAGCGCCAAGCAUCACUCUUCUGUCGACUCCGUGUCGGAAAACGUCGUGCCGCCUGGCUUUGCAGGGAAGUUGAAGGUCGCAGUCAAGGCUCUGGCAGGAUGGGAGCGUUUCUGGCUCGCGCUCAUCGUCAGCGUACUUGUGCAUACGGCUCUCGUUACUGCGUUCGUGAAGCUGAACCCCUAUACCGUGCACUCCGGCGGAUACACGGUGCUAGCGGUCUUCCUUGCGACAUCCUACCUCGCGCUUGUCGUGCCCCUCCAAGCCCUUCACUACUUCCUCCCGCCCACCUUCGUCUCACAGAAGCUGGCCGUCACGCUAUCCCUGUACUCGUUCUCCUGGCUAUUGCUUCUGGUAUCUACUGUCGCCAUCUCCACGAAGCACCUCGGAUCGCUCUAUUGGGUCAACCCGCUGUACCUAGGCGCGUGGCUGGCGGUCGUGCUGGAGCUGGUCCGCGCAGGCCGGAUCGGCGAUCCGGGCAACGAGCGUGGCUACAAGAGCGAGCUCUUCAGCACCCACGAGGAGCGCGAGGCCCAGGCCGAGGGUGAGGUUUCUGGCCGGCGCCUGGUGAGGGGGGUGCUGUACGAGGCGCCCUCGCAGCAGGAGGACGGACAGACGAACGGUGACCAUGCGGAGGCAGGAGAGGAGGUUGAGACCGCCCCUACGGAGAUCACGCCCCUCAUGCACCAACACCGUCGGAUUUCGCACGGCGGUGGGGAAUAUGUUACUCUGGACUCGCCGGAGGCGAUUGAGCUUGCGGGUAAGCAAAGGGAAGAGUAUGGGUGGUGGAUCGCGCAGAUACUCGUGCUGGUGCCUGCGACGGUGAUAUUGGUAUUACAGCUGGAGGUGUUGCUGUUAAACGCAUUGCAACAUACCCUGGUCGACGGAAGCAGUCCCGCGUUGGUGUAUAAAUUACUUGCGCUGUUCUCCGUGCUGGUCUUCGUUCCGGUCACGCCAUUCGCGCACAAGCUGCCUCAGUCCCUUAACGCAGCCGUUGCCGCGCUCCUUGUUGUCCUUCUGGUUGGAUCGUGGACCACCUUCCCGUUCACCCAGGUUGCUCCCUUCCGUGUGUAUUUCCAGCAGUCCGUCGAGGUCACUUCGAGUAUCUCCUCUCCCGGCCUUGCCAUCAAUCCACUGGUCUCCACGCGCGCAGACGCACAUCACUCUACUGUCGUCAGCGCCGAAACGACGCUGACAGGCUUGAAAGGCUACAUCGACCGCUACAUCACGUCCGGCAUUCCUUCGUCCUGGAACGCCAACGUGUCCUGCGAUCCCAAGGGCCUCCGACCAGAUCUCAUGACCUGUAAAUGGGCGACGGGUCUCCUCCCUAGCCCUUACGGAAAUGUCUCCGUCCCCCCCGGUGCCCCAUCGGCUUCUCACCGUGUGCACUGGCUGGACGUUGAAACGGAGCGGCUGAAUGCGACGCGCGCUCUGAUCUCGAUUCGUGGCGAGAACACGCGCGGGUGCAGGCUGUACUUUGACCAGCCCAUCAAUUACAUCGACAUUCGCUCGAGCGGGAGGUUUCAGCAGCCAGGCAAGCUCCAGGGCGGGUACGAGAUGCCUCAGGGCGGCGUAAAGGAGGCGCGGUUGUGGAGUCGGACGUGGGGGAAGACGUUUGUCGUCGAAGUUGGAUGGGAACCCGAGUCGUCCGGAGGCUCGGGCGAGCCAGAAUUAAGCGGGCGCGCGGCGUGUGACUGGGCAGAGUACGCAAGCGCGGCGCAGGGCCAGAGCAGGAGCGGGACGAUCCCGGCGUUCGAAGAAGUUAAAGCGUUCUUGCCCCUUUGGGCGCUGCCGACGAAGUUGGCGGAUGGGUUGGUGGAGGUCUGGACGAAAUUCGUGGUUUGAGGACGACAUUGUGUACGUUUUCGUCUGUGUAGGUUGGUUGUCUAUCUCGUGUUCAAGAUGCGGGGGAUCUGUCUAGUGCCCAGGCGGGCUGGAUGAACACGCGCGUAUCCCGCCGCCGCCGUUGUACAUUUCUGUUUAGU